AUGACCUGCCUUGAGUUCUUGCGCAAGGCUGGCCCCGACGGGCAGAUCCAGCAGCGCUACCGCCGCAUCCACAAGCACCUGCGCGUCGAGGCCCCGCUUGAAGAGUGGAUCAAUGUCUGCGCCGAGUCGGGGGAGGUGCUGGUGUCGCCCGUCUUCUACACGCGCCUGGGCGACGAGUACUGCGGGCAGUGGCUGUUGCUCAACGUCCCCUUCUUGGCGCUGGAUGACCUGUGGCUCCGCCGCGCGCUGCGCGUGCCGGAGCGGCUGCGGUUCCUGGCGCUGCGCCUGCUGCACAAGCCUGCCUACUGGCGCAGCCCGGCCCGCGUUCGCGCCGACCUGGAGCUGGAGGCCCGGGCCGAGACCUACAUCCGGAACGCGCUGGACAUGCUGGCGGCCAGGAUCGAGCUUGUGGACGACGACCGUGUGCCCGACGCGGCCGCGGCCGCUGAUGGCUUCCUGGACCCGGCGCAGCUGGCGCCCGAGCAGGAGCUGGCCCGGCGCAACGUGGUUGCCGCGGCUGCCGCGGCGGUUGCGGCCAAGUGGCCCGACGACGGCGCCGACCCGGCUGCCUGGGAGCACUGGCUGGCGGCGCAGGGCGGCCGCGCCAACCGCGUCUUCGCGGUUCUCGGGCCCGCCGGCAGCGGCAAGACGAGCGCAGUGGAGCUCGCGAUCGCGCAGGCGGUCCAAGCCGGGGCACAUGUUGGCGCGGCCUGCCCAACUGGCAUGCUGGCUGCGCGCUACCGGCGCCGCUUCCCCGACCUGGAUGUGGAUACGAUCCACGGGAUGUUCUCCCUCUUCAAGGCGGAGCUGCAAACGCUGGAGAUGAUGCUCGUCUACGACCUGGUCGUCAUCGACGAGGUGGGCCAGGUUCCGCUCUGGAUCUUCGAGCGGUUGCUGCGCCUCUGGGACGCCGCUGGCCGGCGCCCAGCUCUGGUCUUUGUCGGGGACUUCGCCCAGCUCCGCGGCGCUGACGGGACCUGCGCGAAGCAGAGCGCGCGGUGGCGCGAGGUGGUUGUCUACCCCCUCACCCGGAUGCGGCGCUGCCAGUGCCCUGCGCUCCGCUGGAAGCUCGAGCUGCUGCGCGGCGCCACGCCUUCCGGGACGCAGCUCAAAGACAUCCUGCGGGGCCACCGCGCCCCGAGCGGCCUUGCGGCGGAGAACCAGGCCAACCCGACCUUGAACGAUGUCCGCCAGAUUCUGCGGGAGACGCCCAACACCCUGAUGCUGACAAUUACGCGCCGCGGCGCGGACAAGCUCAACCGCCUGGCCAUUGAGGCCUUGUUCGGCGACUCCCCCGCGCUGCAGUGGCUGCCCUGCGACCCCGACGCGAACCUGGCCAACUUCCACGGGUCCUGGCAGCUGGGCGCGGAGCCGGCGUGGCUGCCGCUCCACCACGGCGCGCGGGUGACGCUCACGCGCAACUUGGACAAGGCCAACUCCUUCGUGAAUGGGAUGAUGGCCACUGUUCGCGGGGCGCGGCAGAACGGGGUGGAAGUGUUGACGGACUCGGGGGUUGUCCUGCUGAUCCACCCCUACACCCAGGACUUUGAGUUGGCGGACGGUCAAGUUGCUCGCAGCACCUUCCACCCGCUGCGCGCGGGCUACGCGACCACGCUGAUGAAGAUCCAGGGCGCGACUGUGGACCAUGCAACCAUCUGGCUGGACGCGGUCUACGUCCAGGCGGCGGCCUACGUGGCCAUCAGCCGCGUCCGCAGGGAUGCGGAUUGGCGCUUUGUGGGCGCGGUCACCCGGCGCCACUGCGUGCCAGCCCAGGUGUGA